AUGGCUGAGCGGUCUCUGGAGGAGCUGAUGGAUCCAGGCGGCAGUACAGGACAGAGUGACGGCAUGACUGCAGCAGAGGCUCGGAGCAGUCCUGGAGGAAACUGGACAAGAUGGGGUCAGCGUCCGAAGCAGAGGAGAAGGCCACCGCAACAUCUGAGCCGCAACAUCUCAUUGAGGUGGCUGACCCUGCGAGCAGGAGUGCUCUGGCAGCGUCCAGCUGUGAGAGGGCCGGGCCAGACACUGGGAGCAGCUCGCAGGCUUCGUCUGCUGCGUCAGUUGACGGUGGGGGCGGAUCUCCAGUGGACUGGCAGGCUCAUCACUGCCAGACAGCGAAGCUCCUGGACUGGAUGA